AUGGCAGGACGCAUCACCCAAUGCGCCCGUCGUCUCGGAUUGCUUCACGCCAAGCUACACCUCUCCUGUCGCCAUAGUAUGCCUACCCCUACACCACAUCUCCGGAACAUCACACGCGCGUCAUAUCAAACAAUCCGUUACUCUUCGCAGUGGAAAUCCUCCUUGACCGUAUUUCCCACCACAGAUGCCCUUAUUGAUCCCAGUAUAGAGAUUGAGGAAGAGACUCUCCCCACUUACCAUCCAGAAAAGUACUACCCGGUGCAACAGGGAGAGGUACUCGAUAACAGGUAUCAGGUGCUUGCCAAACUCGGUUACGGAGUGACAUCAACUGUCUGGUUAGGUCGCGACCUUCGUGACUCCAAAUAUGUUGUGCUUAAGAUAUAUGUCACUGGCCAAGAAAAGAAUCAUGAGCUGGAGAUCUACAAUCGUAUGAAUGCUGUAGAAGUUGAGCACCCAGGGAGAGAUCUCGUUCGCAGGCUCUUCGAUCAUUUCACUGUCACCGGGCCCCACGGCCCUCAUGUUUGUCUCGUUCAUGAGCCUAUGGGCAUGAGUGCAGAUACGCUCCUGCAGAAAUACAUCCCUGGAAAUACUAUGACUCUGGACGAGAUGAAGACUUGUAUCAGGCAGCUAUUGAUCGCUCUGGACUUUCUGCACUCUGCUGCUCGUAUAGUACAUACUGGAAAAGAUCUUCAAUUGAAGAAUUUGCUCCUCCCAGUCCCUAAUACUAAGACUCUCGAGACUCUCGAAGAACGAGAAGUCAACGAUCCGUCACCUAGAAAGAUUCUCAAGGACAGGACCAUCUAUCUCUCUACCGUCUAUAACCCCGGGGGAAGUGGCCUACCCCUAAUAAGUGAUUUCGGCGAGGCCCGCUUUGGCGAUGUCGAGAAAAGAGACGACAUUAUGCCGAAUAUGUAUAGGGCUCCUGAAGUUGUCUUAAAGGAGAACUGGAACUACAAAGUGGACAUAUGGAAUGUUGCGAUGGUGGCAUGGGACAUCGUAAUUCCUCGACACAUGUUCGACGGCAGAAAUGCAGAUGGGAUCUUCGAUGACCGAGUGCAUAUUGCGGAGAUGAUAGCGCUCAUGGGACCUCCUCCGGCUAGUUUCCGGGAGCGGUGCAGAUUAGCUUAUGUCUUCUGGGAUGAACAGGGUAAUUGGAAGGACUUAGCGCCAAUUCCGGAUAUAUCUUUGGAAAGCUUAGGUGCGGAUAUCCCAGGGGAGAAUAGAGAAGGGUUCUUCCGAUGGCUUCGGAAGGCCUUGCAAUGGAAUGCAGAGGAUCGGCCGACUGCGACCGAAUUUCUGUUUGACGAGUGGUUGAUGGAGGGGCUCAGACGGCCGAAUAAUGAAGAUGCGAAGACCUGA